AUGGACCCAUCCGUCAUCCCUGCUGCUUCACUUACGCAUGUCUUCUACGCCUUUGCCCUCGUCGAUGCCACUACAUACCAGGUCGUCCCUUCCAGCCCAGCAGUGGACGUCACCCAGGGCCUCUACCUGCGCUUCAACUCCGCUCUAAAGACCGCCAACCCCGCCAUCAAGACGCUGCUAUCCAUCGGCGGCUAUUCCGCUGGCACCACCACUUUCACCAACGCCGCCUCCUCCGCCUCCUCCCGCUCCACCUUUAUCCAAUCAGCGAUCCAUUUUGCCCGGUCAUACAAUUUUGACGGUCUGGAUAUCGACUGGGAGUACCCGACCGGGCAGAUCGCGCUUUUUUCUGCCCUGCUGACUGAUUUCCGGGCGGCGAUCGAGUCCGAAGCGGCAAGUUCAGGGAGACCGAAGCUGCUUCUGACGGCGGCGGUUUCUGCCUACGAGCCGACUGUUACGCAGGCAUACGACGUCCCGACACUUAACAAAACACUGGACUUAGUUAACAUUAUGACCUACGAUCUACAUGGAUCGUGGGAGGCAAAGACCGGCAUGCACACUGCUCUGGAGGAUUUGACCAACCCGCAGCUGAGCCUCAAGGGUGCCAUGGCUGCCUGGGUGUCCCGAGGCUUGGCCCGAAGCAAGGCCAUGCUAGGCUUGGCGAUGUAUGGCCGAACCUGGACUCUAGCCUCGACUAGCAGCACUGGAGUUGGAGCUGCGGCUACUGGGCCUGGUCUGGCUGGAUCUGUGAGCCAGGAGGCUGGUGUCCUCUUUUACAGGGAGAUCUCUCAGAUUGUAGCCACUGGUGGUUACAAAGCUACACUUCAUACUCCAUCGUCGUCCAUGUACGCGGUGAAGGGUAACCAGUGGGUUGGUUACGACAACCCGUCCACCAUCACCACCAAGGUUAAUUAUGCCAAGGGGCAAAGCUUUGGAGGGUGGUUCUUCUGGGCCCUGAAUCAAGAUGCCAACAAUGCUUUGCUUAGUGCUGCUUCGGCUGUGUGA